AUGCCUGUUUACUCCGUCUCUCACGUGGAGAAUGUCCGUAUUUGUGUUAUAAUGGUGGGCUUGCCUGCCAGAGGAAAGUCGUUGAUCGCCCAGAAAAUCGUAAGAUAUCUCCUGUGGCUAUCCAUCAAGGCCAAGUGCUUCAAUGUAGGUUCAUAUAGAAGACAGUUGGCCGGCGAUACGGCCAUCACUGCAGAGUUCUUCAAUCCUGACAACAGGGACGGCUGGAGCGUGCGUGUGGAGGCCGUCAACAGGGCCACGGAAGAUAUGAUGCGCUGGUUUGCCGAGGAGAACGGCGUGGUGGGUAUCAUAGACGCCACGAACCUGACGAAACAAAGGCGGUCGGACCUCUUGAAGUUGUGUAGAGAAAACUUAAUUGAGCCCAUCUUCUUGGAGAGCUGGUGCGACGACCAGGACUUGAUCUUGCAAAACAUCGCCGAUGUGAAAACCACAUCGCCAGACUACGUGGACGUGGAUCCUGCGGUGGCCACAGACGAUUUUUUGAGUAGAAUCAGCCAGUACGAGCGCAACUACCAGACCCUCAACGUUGCAGACGACGAGGACUUGACGUUCAUCAAACUAGUCAAUGUCGGUUCCCAAAUCAUAGUCAACAGAAUCGAGAGUUACUUGGAGUCGAGAAUCGUCUACUACGUUAUGAACUUACACAUAAAGCCAAGAAGUAUAUGGUUACUGAGACAUGGUGAGUCUGAAUAUAACUUGACUGGCCAAAUCGGAGGUGACUCGAACUUAUCCGAGCGAGGCUGGAGAUAUGCAAAAAAACUUCCUGAAAUCGUGUUGAAAUCUUUGGGAGAGGAACACGAGCACACAAACCUUACAGUGUGGACUUCCACCUUGAAACGUACACAACAAACGGCCUCCUUUUUGCCAUACCAAAAGAAAUUGGAAUGGAAGGCAUUGGACGAGCUUGACGCGGGUGAGUGUGACGGAAUGACCUACGAAGAAAUAGAACAGCAAUUCCCUGAGGAUUUCAAGGCAAGAGACGACAACAAAUAUGAGUACAGAUACAGAGGUGGAGAGUCAUACCGUGACAUUGUGAUCAGACUAGAGCCUAUCAUUAUGGAGUUGGAGAGACAAGAGAAUAUUUUGAUUAUUACCCACCAGGCAGUGUUGCGGUGCUUGUACGCCUACUUCAUGAAUGUUCCCCAAGAGGAGAGUCCCUGGAUGUCGAUUCCCUUGCACACCCUCAUCAAGUUAGAACCCCGCGCGUACCUGACCUUGGUAUCUCGCAUAAAAGCUGAUAUUCCAGCAGUCAGCACGUACAAGGAAAAGGGUACUUCUCAACUUGGUGAGCUGGCUUCGGAGGUCUCCAAUAGCAGAGACUUGAUUCUGAACAGUCUUCAAGCCAGUGUUUAG